UCGAUUUCCGAUCGUGGAUGAGGCGGAUUACUGCUCCAGUCUGCUGCUGCAUCAUCUCAGCUGAUCCAGAGGAUUCCCUCUUCGGGGAAACAAACACGUCCUGAGCAGCAUGGAUUUUAACGUGAAAAAACUGGCUUCCGGUGCGGGUGUUUUUUUCACCAGGGCGGUUCAGUUCACAGAGGAGAAGUUGGGCCAGGCUGAGAAGACAGAGUUAGAUCCUCACCUAGAGAAUUUGAUUACUCGGGCUGACUGCACCAAGAACUGGACUGAAAAGAUCUUGCGACAAACAGAGGUGCUCCUGCAGCCAAAUCCAAUUGACCACACUGGUGCUCGAAUAGAGGAGUUCAUCUAUGACAAGCUGGAGAAAAAGCUUCCUUCCAGGACCACCAAUGCAGAGCUGCUAGGCCAGUACAUGCUGGAUGCUUCCAAUGAAUUUGGUCAAGGGACACCAUACGGCAGCACCUUGGUCACAGUAGGAGAAUACCAGAAAAGACUUGGAUCAGCCGAGCGAGAAUUCAUUCAAACCUCAGCCGCCACGUUCCUCACGCCAUUGCGCAACUUCUUGGAAGGAGACUGGAGGACCAUAUCAAAAGAGAGGCGGCUCCUGGAGAAUCGACGGCUUGAUCUUGACAUCUGCAAGACACGCUUGAAAAAAGCCAAGCAGGCGGAGGCCAAAGCAGCAGCUGCGCCUGAUUUUCAGGAGACAAGGCCUCGAAAUUAUGUUCUGUCUGCCAGUGCUUCAGCGUUGCAGAGCGGCUGGGAGAGUUGGGAUGUGGACCCAGGGACUGGGAUAUCAGAGCAGAGCAAGCUGCUGAGUGAAGAAGUGGACAAAGCAGAACACGAGCUUCGUGUCGCACAGACGGAGUUUGACCGCCAAGCUGAGGUCACCAGGCUGCUGCUCGAGGGCAUCAGCAGCACACAUCUGAACCACCAGCGUUGUCUUCAGGACUUUGCAGAGGCUCAGGCCACCUACUAUGCCCAAUGUCAUCACUACAUGCAUGAACUUCAGAGGGAGCUCAACAAGUGCGUGCCAGGGUGCGCUAAUGCAGUUGGCACCUCCUACCAGUCUGCUGCGUGUCCUGACCCGGUCUCUGCUGCCUUCCCGUCUGGACCACUCUCCCCUGGCACCACAGCGCCCGCCUCCUCCAGCAGUAAGCCCAAAACACUGGCCAUGGAGCAAACGCAGCUCCCCAUCACCGGCACCAGAAAGGCCAAGGUCCUGUAUGACUACGACGCCCACGAUUCCAGCGAGCUUUCCCUGUUGGCUGAUGAGCUGAUCACCGUCUACACGGUGCCAGGCAUGGACCCUGAUUGGCUUUUUGGAGAACGAGGCAACGAGAAGGGGAAGGUUCCUGUCACGUACCUUGAACUGCUGAGCUAAUGGACGUCGUCAUGUCAGCAACAUUUCUAGCAUUUCUUUAGUGCACUUCCACUUCUGUCCAUCUGCAACACACAUUCAACAACACAUGGAUGAAUACACGGAAGCUUUGCAGCUUCUUGCUCGGUUCACCUGGCAACACCAUGGCGGGAUUUACUUUCUCCUCACACGUUUUCAGUCUUAGCAUCUGACAGGUUAACACACGCAGCUUUAUUUCAUUCUUCUUCUGGCUUUCCUGUCUCGUUUCCUUUUACACGUCCUUCACUGAUCCAUGGCCACUAAUAAAAAAAUAGCAAUAAAGUGGCACAUGCGUCACACGCUACCUGGACGCACGCACGCAAGAACUGGAACUAGCGUUUGGCACGUUGUUAUCAGUCCUUGUGUAGUUCUUGGACUAAGACUGCACGUGUGUUGAGUCGGUGCCACCAAGUCCGAGCACGAGCGAUUCCGCAUCAAAAGGUAGACAAAAUAAGACUAUUACAGUAAUCCAUCUCCACUUUGAGCUUCAGAUAUCACGGUUUCACUCUAUCGCCGUUUUUCAAAAUGAUUACCAGAAUAAAUAAAUAGGAUGUUUGUGGGAAUUUUGGAGAUGUGGAAAAUGGUUUGUCUGAAUGUCCUGAAAAAGGUAUUUGGUUGGGUGGUAAUGAGCAAUACAGUCAUCCCUCACUGAUUGUGGUUAAUUGAUUCCAGACCCGACCGUGAUAAGUGAAUUUCCACAAAUAGGAUUCCUUAUUUAAUAAAUGAAAUAUUUUCCUACUUGGAGCAUAGAAUUGUGUUUAGGACCUUCUACUUGGGCUGGGCGAUAUGGACCACACUCAUAUCCUGAUAUAUUUAGGUUGAAUAUCGAUAUACGAUAUAUAUUCCGAUAUUUUUUCCACAAAGUGAGCUUCGAAAAAGUCGAAGCCAAAUAUGCGUGCAAAGUUGUUUUAUUAAAAUGGAAAAGAUCUUAUAGAAAAAUAGCCGCUGUAAUAAAAUAGUCCAUUCUCUUUUUUUAAAUACAUUUUUAAAAAGUGAAAUAUAAUCUUCAGUCUUAAUCAGGCAGCGCUCAUGGUAGCCCCUCUGCACACUAGCGCCGUUAGCUCUUCCAUCUUCCAGCAUUGGGGAGAGAUCUCACGUUCUUAGAGCCCUCUGGGCAUGAAAUAACAGCCCUAUAGUCACCUUUAGACUCCUACUGUCCAAUAUAGUAUACAUAAGAGACCAUAAGCCAUUUAAGACAUACAGUAAGUAAGAUUCGUGCUCAUGCGAGUGGAAUUUUUGUUCGGCUUUUAGUUUUAUUUUUAUCAUUCAAACCUGCAAUAAAAGCCUGUUGUUCUGGCGAUCAAGUGAAUGUGUCUUCUGAAUGUCUUAUAUUUGUAAUUUAGUUUAUUUAGCCAUUUCAAUGCUGGAAAAUGCUUAUGCUAAAAAAAAAAAAAACUGUCAAAUCAGCUUAAAUGUGCAUAUUUUUGAGUAGUGGGCCAUAGUCAACCACGAAAAACAGUCAUUAUUCAUUAAUGAAUAUAUUUUUGAAAAACUGUGAUCGAGUGAAGCCGUGAAGUUUGAAGCGUGACGUGACACUACUGUAUUUUGUUUUGACCUUUUUAAAAAUGACUUGCCGAUUUUCUGGCUACAAUACACUAACCUGCAGGCUGCGAUGUGUAGAAAGAAUUCAUUUAUGUCGGAAAAAAACCUUUUGCAACUUGUAUUCUUUCAUUGUCCCUUUUCUUUCACUUAACCUGUUCAGGGUCAUUUUAUUGAACCUGAUUUGACUUAAAAAUCCUAUUUUUGAAGCUGUUGGUAAAGGUAGUGACAUUGAAAAGUCUGACAGUCUGUUGGUGUCAUAGUGUGACUUAUGUUGUGGAAAAUAAAGGACGUAGUUGUUUGGAUUGUUCCAAUGUCUGGCAGUGUGAGGCAGGGGUGUUCAAAAUGCGGCUCGCAGCUCAUUUUUUGGUCCACGGUUUGAUUUCUUUAAAUCGCGUUUGCGGAUUCCUCAUCAAAACAUUUUUAUUUGCGGGAAAAGCCGACUUUGUGCGCUUAUUUUCUCUUGGAGAUGGAUAAAGUAUCUACGUAAUUAGCUUGUUUAUUGGUGGAAAAGCAUCUCACGUGCACUACACGAGUAACGCUUGAGUGACAGGAAGUAGUCAGAGGCAAACGUCAAACUCGAGUGUUCUUUCUAUGCAGCUUGAUGUUUCCACAGCGGCCCAUACGCUCCCUCACUCACAGUGCAACCACGCACACGCUUCCUCAACCUGGAAGUUAUCCAGCAUGCCUUGCGGGUUAUAAGUGGGUAUAAAAGUGUUUUGUUUUGCAUGUACGUUAGUGUGUAAGUAUUUAUUCCAUACCCGCAUAGCCCGGGUGGUGCGGUUACACUGUGUGCUCCAAAUGUGUUAUUUCUGGUUGCGCCGAGAGUGACGGGUUUGGUUUGAUGCUGUCCUGUUGGUUUGCGAUGUCGUUUCAAAAUAGACUCAAAUUAUCCACGGUGAGGUCUGAGAACACAUCAGAAAAUGACAAAAGACGAUUAAGGUUCCUCACAGACAAAACCAAAAAAGGGUCAAAUGUUAAAGGUUAAGUGUUGGAUUAGACACACUAAUAGUCCAAACUAUCCACUUUGUCAGCAAGAACACAACUCUAAAAUGUGAAGUACUUCAUUGCUUAGCAGGUCUUCACCGACACUGACUUGUUGGCCUGUUUAACAACCAAUAAAAAGAGUGAAAGACGUUUUCUAUCUUGGUGGAAACAGCGGUGAUGUGCGCGUCAUCAUUUGAAUUCAUCGUGAAAUGAUUUGACACGGAUUGUCCAAGCGGCUUUGCGACAUUGCAACAUGCACGCAUUGCCGCACCACAUGGAAUGACUGUUCCUUUAAACCACGGGUGUCCAAACUUUUUCCCAGCGAGGGCCACUCUGCUAGAUUUUGUGCAUUAAAAAGGGUAAAUGCAACCCAGUGUAGGUCAGAAUAUGCAAAAGUAUCUGAACAAAACAUCCACUUAGUUUUGUGUUAGCUGACAAAGUACAUUUGUGUAAUAUUUCCUAAUAUAUUUCAUGAAUGAUUUUUUUAAUUUUUACCAGAUGACACGGGCCAAUGAAAAACGAGCUGCGGGUCUAAAAUGGCCCUUGGGCUGCACUUUGAAGAGCCGUGGUUUAUAGCAUCAGCCAAUAUUCGUAUCAAUUCUAUGUGCGCACCCGUGUGUUUGUGUAUGUGUGUGUGUGCGUAACAAUGGAGGGUUUGUGGUCACCAUGGCGCACACAUUCCUGUUGCUGUCAUGUUUUUUUAUGUUGUGUGUUUCCAAACAUCUUAUUGUCCCAUUUUUGGCUGGCUUGCUGUGCAAUAAACUUGCAUGUGUGGAACAGUACUAUGAAGGCGUACCUCGUCAUUGUUGACACUAACACUAACCUGAAGCACUACAACACUAACCUGCAAAGUCUUUUAACCCCCAACCCCCCAACCCCAUCAUGUGCAAUAUGAACAUUUACAGUUUGUUUAUCUUGUAUGGUGUAUUUAAAACACACACACGCUGAGAUCGAGGCGUAAUAAGUAAGGUGGUGCUGGCGCUCCGCGCGCGAAAGGAAUGACGUCACACGCCAACCCGGG